AACAUCUCAAACCCGCUCGAACGCCCCCCCCUUCUUCUUCUUCUUCUUCUUCUUCUUCUUCUCGAAGCAGAGCAACCGCGUGUCCGUACAGUUCGCGAGCCAAAAAAUCUCCCGGCGUGUCAAAAUCGUCGUCGUCGUCGUCGUCGUCCUUCUUCUUCUUCUUCAAUGGUGAUUCUUCGAUUCUGAUCGCUCGUCUCCUCUCUCUCCUCCGGCUGAUUCGACGCGAACCGCGGUCGAGUCCUUCGAUCGAGUUCGGCUCCGUUCCUCGUCGCCCCUGUUUCGUCGCGAAACCGAGUUUUCCUUCAGCUUCCUUCCCCGUCCCCGCAUUGCCAGUGUUGGCCGGAGCCGAUUGCCUUCGCACGCAACGCAGAUUUGUCGAUCGCUUGGUAACUCUGAUGAAGAUGAAUCCGCUGUAUCCAGUGAAGGAAGAGUUUCCAGGAUCGUCGAGCUCGCCAGCCGGAGAGGCGCCGACGGCGAUUGGUCCGCCGGAGCCGAUGGAAGGCCUGCACGACGUCGGGCCCCCGCCUUUCCUGACGAAGACCUACGACAUCGUGGAUGAUCCGGCGACCGAUCACGCCGUCUCUUGGAACGCCGGCGGCGGCGGCGGCGGCAGCUUCGUCGUGUGGGACCCUCACGCCUUCUCUACGCACCUCCUUCCCAGAUACUUCAAGCACAACAACUUCUCGAGCUUCGUCAGGCAGCUCAACACUUACGGCUUCAGGAAGAUAGAUCCAGAUAGGUGGGAGUUCGCCAAUGAAGGAUUUUUAAGGGGGCAGAAGCAUCUGCUCAAGAGCAUCAGGAGAAGGAAGGCACCUUCCAGUUUAAUUCCUCAGCAGCAAGCUGUGGGUCCUUGCGUCGAAGUGGGAUACUUCGGGCCGGACGGGGAAGUCGAUCGCCUGAAGCACGACAAGCAGGUCUUAAUGCUAGAGCUAGUGAAACUUAGGCAGCAGCAGCAGAACACCAGGGCCUGUCUCCAUGCCAUGGAGCAGAGGCUUCAGAGGACUGAGAUGAAGCAGAAACAGAUGAUGGCUUUCUUGGCGAGAGCGAUGCAAAGCCCAGCGUUUCUGCAGCAACUGUUGCAGCAGAAGGAGAAGAGGAAGGAGCUCGAUGAAGCGGUGACCAAGAAAAGGAGGCGGCCGAUUGAUCGAGGGCCGAGCUGUUCUCAGGCAGCCGAACCUAGACGAGGUCUCGUAGGGACAUGUUCUGUUAAGGCCGAGCCGCUCGAGUUUGGAGAUUACAGUGUUGAGGUGUCGGAGCUCGAAGCACUAGCACUGGAGAUGCAAGGGAUAGGAAGGGUGAGGCAAGAGGUGGAGGAAGGACUAGAGGACAUAGAGCCGCCGCCCGACGGCGUGGAUAAAGAUCUUGAUGAGGGAUUCUGGGAGGAGUUGUUUAGUGAAGGAGGCGAAGAUGAAGAUGUUGAUCUCUUGGCUAACAGACUGGGUUACUUGGGUUCUAGCCCUAAGAAAAGAAGCUGAAGUUUCGGUUCAUCAGUUUUCCUGUUCCUCUCUAAUUAAUUGCGGCUUAACUGUUGAUUCUUCCAGGUAGGACUUGUUCUGAUAGUGUCUCUUUUGUGCAGUUAGGUUUUUCAGGUAUCUGAACCUGAUGGAUUGGCGGGAACUGAUAAAUCCUCAAGCAGUGUGCCAGUUCAGUAAUAGCUAGUUCCUCCCGGCGUUUCUAACUCUGUAACUAAUUGCAUAAAUUGCUAUCAUUCGUUUGCUAAUUUGAUUGCUUAGGUUUGAAAGAAAGAUGCUGGCCAGAUUCUUCAAGAUAUGACUCGAAUUUGCACCAAAGAUCUUCAGAAGAAAUCACGGUUUAGCUGCGAGAUUGAAGAAAUGGAAUCGCACUGUUGAUUUCAAAGCACCACUGAUAAUUGAGGUCGAUGAUUUAAUUUCACACACUGCUUAGCUAAAAUCUUAUUCAUAAAGGCUGAUUUUGGACGAAUUACCUGAUUAAGUCCUAUCAUUUACCUGUCUCUGAUGAAGCCUUUAUGUUGCAAAGUAUGGAUUCUGUGGUCGUGAGAUGGAAGAUGAUAUCUGGUAGUGACAACUCCAGGGUCAUUGCAUGUGGCUUGUCAUGUAAAAGGCAAAUCCAUGAAAUUGCAUGCUGCAUUUUUUUUUUCUGGCCUUUGACAUAAGAAUGAACAUUGUGACUUUAUUGAUAUGACAGUCCUUCGGACUUUUCCAAA